AUGAAAAUUCGCUUUUCAUUUAACUUGUUACUCAAAACAGGAAAAAUUCAGAAAGCAGUAGAUGAUCUUAACCUACAUCAGUAUUCCAAUCUUCAACACUGGGUGGCCAAACUAGAUGAAGAUGUGGAGCGUCGACUUAUAUUGCGUUUGGAAGCCGGAAUCAAAGAGUGGGGCAGGCGAUUGCGUGGGGAGCGUGACGAAGCUGAGGAGGACGAAGAAAAUGAUGAAAUUACUCCUCUCACCAAACACAAGCCAGGCGGUAAUCCAGAAAUCAAGACGCUUGUUCAUGAGCUCCGUAUUACUAAUCAACAAAUGCACCUGCACCCCAGCAUCGAAGUGGCUCGCCAAGAGUUGAUUAAUAACCUUGCUGAUUGGAAGAAUAUAAUAUUGACAUUGCCACGUAUUCAGCAUUCACGAUACCAGGUCGGAGUUGAAUCAGAGGCUGAGCAGCAGAAAACAUAUCGCCGAUUAAUAUGUCAUCUCAGCGACGGUGGAGACGUCCUCCAGUCCACGCAUCGUGCCAUCUCUGAAGUGAUUCGAGAAACUGACGAGUAUGUGCGCACUUGGACGCGUUACCAGGCUCUCUGGGACCUACAAUCUGAUCAGGUUUACGAACGACUUGGGACUGAUGUGCAGGCAAAAAUAUUUUUCGCAGGCUGCGGCUAUUUGACUACAUUCUAUAGAUUUCACAUUCAAAGAUACCUUUUUAUACGCUACCCUGUUUCGACUUUUAUACUCUGGUUUUGCCUUGAUAUCUUAAGCUUGCAGGUAUGGAUGAACGUUCUUGAUGAAAUCAAGGGUAUGCGUAAGCAUUUCGAUGUUGCAGAGACGCAAAAGUUAUUUGGUCCAAUCAUAGUAAUGUUUGGCAAGGUGCAAUCGAAGGUCUCUCUCAAAUAUGACAAUUGGCACAAGGAUAUCCUCAGUAAGUUUGGCAGUAAUUUGGGACAAGAAAUGCAGGAAUUUUACACUCAAGUUUCCAAGGCACGAAACGAGUUGGAGCAGCACUCAAUCGAUGCUGGAAGCACAUCAGAUGCCGUUAACAUGAUAACGUACACCCAAUCUAUCAAACGAAAAGUCAAAACUUGGGCGAAACAAAUUGAGCACUAUAGAGCUGGGCAAAAUAUUCUCUAUAGAGACCGUUUCCAAUUUCCAGCAAACUGGUUAGAUUGUGAAAAUGUCCAAGGCGAAUGGAGUGCCUUUCAGGAGAUACUUCGUCGAAAGGAAACUAGUAUUGCAAGCCAGGUCCAGUCAAUUAUUUAUUAUUAUCAUUUAUUAUUAUUUAUUACUUUUAGUAUUUUUUUCUGUUUUUUUGUCUACGAUUUAAAACCGAAAUGA